CUCACGCGCGCCAGCGGGAACAACAGCGCUCCGCUAUACGCACAGCACCCACCAAACACAUCGUUCCGACUCCUUUUUAGAAUUUUGUUUGUUUUUUUUUUCCCCGGUUCGGGUUUGGGAAAAAACAGCCCGAAUUCCAAGUGAAGUUCAACACCGCCUGAUAGCUCGAUUCAAACAAGAGCAAUCAAAUUCCUCCCCACCUUUUUUUUUUAAAUUUACCUAUUUUUGGGAUUUGUCCUCUUUGGUUUUGAUACAUCAUGGCGAUCGGUAAAGCCAUCAUCUGCUGCUACUUAGUAUUCGCGUCCAUUCUUGUCGGCUGGACUGCUGGGCAGAAAAAGACGAAAGUUGGAACGAGCAUAGCCGGUAGCGAGAUUGAAAUGGCACCUGAUUUUGAAUGUCCCGAAGAAUUCGGUUACUACCCAGCGCCCAAUGAUUGCACUCGCUACUACGUUUGUGUAUUCGGUGGCGCCCUAUUAGAAAGCUGCACCGGCGGUUUGGUCUACAGUCACGAGUUGCAGACCUGCGACUGGCCACGUAACGUUGGAUGCUUAACCGGAGCUGAAGCGAUGGCCAUCAAUGCGCCCAAGACACCUAGCCGAACUUCGAAUACCGAAUCGAAAUCCAACUCUCCAUUGACGCAAUUCUUAAGUUCUGACAGAAAUAAACCAACAACCAGCCGGUCAUCCACCGCAAACGCCCGAUCCAAGACACCGCUGACAUUUGAGCUGUUGGGUGAUGUGGCCACCAGCAUUGAUAACCGACAAGGACGUGAUUUCCAGGGAACAACUCCUCUGCGGUCCCAAGGACCAAACACUCCGAUUGGUGGCACUUCGAAGAACACGCUGUCUAGUGAAAGCCCCAAACCAAGCAGUUUCAACUCUCGUUCUCAAGCUCCCCGCUCUGAAGAUCUUCCAGAGGAUUUCAUUCCAGCCACUACUUUCAACCCUCGCUUCCCCCACAGUCGCUCGAUGGCCUUCCGGAGAGAACAACAUCCUGACGAACGAAUGAUUAGCCAUCGUCAUGACGAAGUCGAUUACGACUACACCUACUAUGAUGACGAAGACGACACAAAGACUUCUUCUACUGGUUUCACAGUUUUUAAUCACAACAACGAUCGUGAUGGGAACGUGAACGCGAGGAUGAGGGGCAAACACGCUGACAGCGAUGACGAACUCUUCUGGAACCCCAAUCACGAUAGUCAGCAGCCGAAGCAACAACGUUUCCGUGAAGAAAGUAUCCCAUCGAUGCAUUUUACUCCAAUCAACUCGAAUUCGCAGCGGGCGGUGUUUGAACACCUCAAUCACGGCCCUGUGCCAGUACGCGGUGCUCAAUUGCACAGCGAUAGCCACGAUCUAUCACCUGCUGUUGAAUCGAGGCAUUUCAUCCAUCAGAGUCCCACAAAUUCUCGCCAAUUCCAGACUGGUCAACGUCCUUCCGACAGCCAAUUCAAUGGCCAGUCAUCGAACGUCGGUCAGUUCCAACAGCAGGUGCGCGUUCCCGAAGUUCAGGGCGAUUUUUCCACAGGAUUACACCAACAAUCAUCGCCACAUAGCGUUGUUCCAUUAUUGUUCCGGAAACAACAGACACAGCCACCACAACAAAAACAACACCAACCAUUCACACAACCCCAAGUUCCGUUCACUGCAUUUGCAAAACAACAACCAAACACUCGCUUACCUAAUACCAACCGUCCAUUGCUAACCGCCCCACCAAUCAAUCCUAUCAUUACUGACGAUUACGAUGCUCCUAAUGACGAACAACAAUCACCUACGCUAGACUGGAAUGAACAACAACAACAACCACAACGACAAGCCCAGCAAACGUUACGGCAACCACCGUUAAGAACACCUGCCGAUUCGCGAGUACCAACUGGAGCUAGCUUGUCCGGUAACGAUCAAUUUCAUCGAGAGACCGCUGGAAUUCGUCAGCCAACGACCGAAUCAAGCAGCAAUGGCGAUUUUACCGAUCAAUGGGAAGCCCCAGUUCCUCAAAGACAACAGCCAGUUCAAAGACCGAGCACUCCUUCUCGUCAGUCUUCCCAGACGGAAAGGAUAGUUCCCACUACGACCACGGAACGCCCAACACGAGCGCCAGUCCACACUACUCGUCAGUUCACCGAACCGGACGUUGACUAUCACGGUUUCCCCGUUGAUGAAUUUGCCACUUCGGAGCCUUCUGUCGAUCAGUUUGCUGAUUAUGAUAUCUUUGAAGAUCCAGCAACCACUGGCGGCCGUCCUCAAGAAGAAGAAUUCUUCGAGCCCCCUGUUACGAGAGCCGUCCCCACUACAACGACAACUACUACAACAACUACAACGACGACAACAACACCGAAACCUGUCCAACGAGGAUCAAACAGAGGCAAGCCUUCAGCUGAUAGAGGAGCUUCUCGUUUCCGCCCAUCUGACUCGAACCGUGAAGAAGAAUCCGCACCUGCAUCAGCAACAGUUCCCAAACGUCGUCCUACAUUGAAACCCGUUUCCGAUUUGGUCCGUACCCCGGUUGCUGAACCCAUCGAUAUCAUGCAACAUCCUCCCCGCCGAUUGGAGCCCAUCUUCCCACAACCCACUCCGGAUGAACCUGCUGCAAAGUGUAACGCUGACGUCUGCCGUCUUCCCGACUGCAACUGCGGAGGAAAAGACAUUCCAGGCGGUUUGCGACCAAUCGACACGCCACAGUUGGUGUUGCUGACUUUCGACGACGCCGUUAACGACCUGAAUAAAGAGCUCUAUAGCGACUUGUUUGAAACGGGCCGACUCAACCCCAACGGUUGUCCUAUCGCCGCUACGUUUUACGUUUCACACGAAUGGACCGACUACGGCCAGGUCCAAAACCUGUAUGCGGAUGGACACGAGAUUGCCUCGCACACCAUCUCGCAUAGUUUUGGAGAACAGAUGUCUGCCAAGAAAUGGGCCAAAGAAGCUGCCGGACAGCGUGAUAUUAUGGCCGCUUAUGGUGGUGUUCGUGCAGAAGAUAUUCGUGGUCUGAGAGCUCCGUUCUUGUCGGUCGGAGGUAACCGGAUGUUCAAAAUGCUUUACGACAUGAACUUCACGUACGACUCGUCCAUGCCUGUCUAUGAGAACAAGCCACCUUCCUGGCCGUACACUUUGGAUUAUAAAAUCUUCCACGACUGCAUGAUUCCACCAUGUCCCACCAAAUCUUACCCAGGUGUCUGGGAAGUUCCUAUGGUUAUGUGGCAGGAUUUGAACGGAGGACGUUGCUCCAUGGGUGACGGUUGCAGUAAUCCACCCGAUGCCGAAGGUGUGUACAAAAUGUUGAUCAAGAACUUUGAACGCCACUACACAACCAACAGGGCACCAUUUCCUUUGUACUAUCACGCCGCAUGGUUCACCACAGCUCAUCAUAAAGAAGGAUUUGAAGCUUUCCUCGACACUAUCGUCUCCAUGGAUGAUGUUUGGUUGGUAACGAACUGGCAAGCCAUUCAGUGGGUACGAGAUCCCACUCCAUUGGAUCGCAUCAAAUCCUUCAAACCAUUCAAUUGCGACUAUCCGGAGAGGCCCAAACGGUGUAACGCCUCGAAGGUUUGCAACGCCUGGCACAAGUCUGGUGUCCGCUACAUGCGUACCUGCCAGCCCUGUCCUGAAGUCUUCCCGUGGACUGGCAAAACGGGAGUGAGGAAUCCUUUCCUCGACCACUAUGGCGAUAACGAAGUUGCAACAGCAUGAACUAAUACCCCAUCGCGAAACAAAAGACAUCAGUAAAUAAACCGACCCUUUUUCUGAGGGAUACGUCGGUUUUCUAUAUAUAUCAUCGGUUUUUUUAUUUCUUUUAUUUUUGUGAAAUCUUUGUCAAUUUUUAAACUAGGGACUUGUUAAAAAGAUAACAAAUAACAAGAAAACUUUGGGUGCCACAUAACGAGAUCGAUAGAGGGCUCACAGAGAUUUGAAAGCCUAAAAUUUUUGUUUAAUUUUUUUAAAUUUCUUGUUCUGGGACUUUAUAUCCAAUGUCAAGGAGAAUCGGACUUAGGCGGGCUCGAUCACUGCGUUCCAUCUUCGUCUUUUAUUUAGAGAUCACCCGUCUCUCUUUUGUGAUUCGAUUGUUGCCCCCUGUACUCUGUCUUUCUCUCUCUCUCACUCUCUCCCUCUCUCUCUACUCGUUGUACAUUGUGUGUGUUUAACUUUUCUUUAUUUGUCGACUCUUACAAUUCUUCUUCGAGAUUUGCUAUUGAAAAAAAAGGUGCCUCAUGGUGUUCUCAACUUCAAAUUGCAAACCUGCUAAAAUGGCAUUACGACGUGAAACGGUUGUCGGCUAUAAUUGUGUGACUAGCAAAAUAGUUGAGACUACCGAAUGCUCCUAAAAUACACAAUUUAUAAGAAAA